UGCGAUUCGCUUUAAGUACACAACAAACCCGGAAAAGGCAGUAAGUCUGCUGGCUACACUCCUCUAGUAGCUUAAAAGCUUCAUAUAUAGUGAUACAGCACAUACGGUGCAGAUCCCAACAUGUAAAACUACUUUACAAAGCCACUUUGGAAGAUAUGGGUUCGAACGUGUGAAUCAGAACAGAUCUAGAUAUUAACCGAUCUAGGAGAUGCCGUAUUUGGACAGACAGGAUCGGAUCUGUGGUUUUCUAGACAUAGAAGAGAAUGAAAACAGUGACAAAUUCUACCGCCGAUACUUGAUCUUGGAUACAAGCAGCAACUUCCUCUACUGGUACAUGGACAAUCCGCAGAACUUACCCAAGGGAGCAGAAUGUGUGGGGAGUGUAAGACUGACCUACAUCUCCAAGGUCAGUGAAGCAGCAACCAAACAGAAACCUAAAGCUGAGUUCUGCUUUGUAAUCAACGCACUGUCCAGACGUUACUUUUUACAAGCAAAUGACGCAGUGGAUCUGAAGGAAUGGGUUAUUGCUCUCAAUAGGGCCACCAAGAUCACGGUUCCCAAGGUAAUCACAGCAUCCCAGAGUUCCGAUGUCACCACGGCAGCAGGCAAGGGCCCGUCCGCAGCCCCACAGGCCUACAAGGCUGAGAUUGUUGGAGGCGUAGUGGUGCACACUCCCAUUACACAGAAUGAGAGUGAUGGUGGGAGCAGCGAUCGCUCGGGGGGUGAAGGUGCUUCGUCUGUGCGUCUGAGGAGGCUGCAGAACUCCCGGCCCAACAUUGUGAGAUGUGGCUACUGCGUCAAACAAGGGAAUGUGAGGAAGAGCUGGAAGAGAAGAUUCUUCAUCCUAGAUGAUCAGGCGGUGAGCUACUUUAAACACGAUACGGAUAAAGAGCCCCUGCGAAGCAUCCGCUUGCUGGACAUCACCAAGGUUCAUGAAUGUCUGGUCAAAUCUGGGGAGCUGCUGAUGCGAGACAACCUCUUUGAGAUCAUCACCACCGCCAGGACCUUUUACAUCCAGACAGACACUCCUGAAGAUAUGCAUGGAUGGAUCAAAGAUAUUGGAGUGAAAAUUCAAGAUUUCAGAGGUCCAUCGAAGGAAUCCCUUUUUCCACGCUCCACCUCCCAAUACCGUCACAGCACCCGCUCUAGCCAGGCUCCUCAGGUUGUGGCACGGAGCAAACCAUCCCUGGUCAAGACCUGUUCGGUCACGUCGUCUUGGCAACCUUGGACGCCUGUGCCUGCAUGUCAGGAGCUGAGCAAGGGAAAGGAGGAGUCCGGAAAAGACGGAGAGAAAGAAAGAGACAGCCCGUUCGCCUCUUUGCCCUCUCUCCUCACCGAGCCCUCGGAUGCCAAGCCCCGGCAACGGCACUGCUCCCAGCCACAGCCGGCGUCCAGCAGGGACUUUCCUUUCCACAUGGACACCGGUGCACGUAGCACCGACGUCUAGCUCUUCCCCUUAUGCUUUGUCUUUCUCCCAUUCAGCAGAUUUUAAAUAUGAACUCGUCACACAUACGCCCCACACAUUUAGCGCUUGCUAACGUCCAUAGGAAUGAGUCUCAGUAUUGGCUCUGCAGCUUGUUCUCUCCUCAAAAUGACCCAGGAGAGUGUCUGCCCAGUUAGGGCAUCUCAUCAGAUGGCACAGUGGCCUCGGUGGGCAUAGCGCCUGCAUACCCCCUCACCUGCAUUCGCACAUAGAUACUAACACAUACAUAUUUGUAGGCCCUACUGUAACACAUCAUUUAUGCUUAAGUUAGAGGAGUGCUUUUAGUGAUCCGGACUUUCUAUGACAAACCAACUGACUGAGGAGAAAGACAUCAGAGCAUAUGAGAGGUAUUAUGAAGGUACAAGUGACCAUUCUCCUCAAUAAUGUGACUACGUCAUUCUAGAUGGUUGAAUAAUAUUUAAUUAAUAAUAUGUUGUUUCAAAGGUCAGGUACUUGGAUAAGAGAAUGUGAAGGAGCUUGCGUUGACAAUCCUAAUUAACCCAAAAAUGUGUGUCUGUCUGAAAUGUGUGUUAGGCUUUGUUUUAGUAUUCUUUUAUUUGUGUUUAUUUUGUUACAGUGGCUUGGAUUGUUGUUACAGUCUUUUGGAUUGUUGAUAAAAUUGUCAUUCCAUAACUCAUAUUUAAAAAUGAAUGUUAUUCAGUUUAACCUCAAUAAUUGUCAGUAUGAGUUCUCUUUCUAUUGCUGAUACAUAAUACAUUGAGAACAGAGAUUGACUCAUUUUAGAAAUAAUUUUAUUUGCCAGCAAAUAUUUGCCUUUGAAAUGCUUUUAAUGACCAAAAUAAUUGUUUGCACAUGAAAUAAUGCUUAAAUUGUACAAAAGUACGUGAAUUGUAGCUCAAACUGUUUGUGGUACGAUUGGAAAAAAAUAACAUUUCAAUAAAUGGCCAUUUGCACUCA